CGGCUGCUGCUUCGGAACGAGCGAUACUCUUGAUGGACUAGCAUCUUCUGUUGGACCCAUACCGUUCUGUAUCAAGAUUGCACAUCGCAUGCCAUCCCAUGCGGUAGUUACGAGCACGUAACCGCCGAUAACUUUGAACGGAAGAACGAAACAACAGCCCGCAGUUUCUUGUUUCCGGAUCGUUCUACUCGCACAAGGUUUCCACCGAUCCCGCCUUGCACCACUGCCUCCCGUCACAACAAUUUGUUGCGUUCGUGCUAGCUAGCUAGCAAGCCACUACGGUACGGUACAUUUCUUUCGGCACGGUGCCAUCCUCGACGCAAGGMAACGCAAUAUCUACGAGGCAACACAAGAGAUCACCAGAGGAUUCGCUGGCACGGGGCCGCGCAAUUGCAACAGCGUCGGUCGGCAUGAGCACGAGCAUGAGCAUCAGCAGCACCGGCAACAACCACGCGGGAUCCCGGGCCGGUGCCGAAAGCAUCGAUGCCGCCUUUGAGUAUCACGGGGCGGGCACGGACACGGACACGGACACGGACGUGGAGGCGGCAAAAGGCACGAGCCAAACCGAUGCGUACGCGAACAGCAUCGUCAACAACGACGACAGCGUCCCUUGCGGCAGCGGAAGGAACCUCCACGCAAAUGCCAAUCCCAACGCCAAUCCCAACGCAAAUGCCAAUCCCAACGCAAAUGCCAAUCCCAACGCCAAUACCAACAGCAUCAACGACGACGCUGGCGGCAACAGUGGAAGCAACGUCCACGCGGACUACAGCAACUUUCUGCACCCGUCCCCGCACCAUCCCCACCGGCCCCACGCCGGGGGGGCCAACGUCGCCGGUGGCUUUCGGCGGCUCCACCGGGACUACCUGAGGGACCUGGAAGACGACGUGGUCCUCUCGCUUCCCUGGCCGACGCCCAGCGACCGGCUGGGGGUCUCCGAGGUCCUCCAGGGCCGGGCGGCGGCGAGGGCCAGGGCCAACAAGGUGAGCGCCUUCGUGGUGGCCUACUGGAUCGUCUCGGUCGUCGCCUGGCUGCUCUACGGGAUGGUCCUCGGGGCCGGGGACCGGAAGGGGGGCAAGGGAAGCAGCAGCAAGGAAARCACCAGCGCACACGGGAGAGCCACGGUCCUGCUCGGGGUCUCCUGCGCGGCCUCCCUCGUUGGCCUCCUCUGGGCCCACUAUUGGUACUACAAGCUCGACGGCCGCGUCCAGGCCAAGGUCCGGGCCAUCAUGGACGCCAACGGGCUGGGCUACCGGGAGGAGGCCCCCCGGCUGGCACCCUCCCCCCUCCACCGGGACGACCCGGCCCAGGCGGCCCGCUUCAAGCUCCCGGAGUUUGUCGACGUCGUCCUCCGGUCGGUGGCGGAGGAGGGGAGCGGCGAGGGCAGCGCGGGCAUCCACCGGCCCCACGACGACGACUUUUCCGCUUUGACCUUUCGGGAUUCCCUCAUCCGGUCCGUCGCCAGCGGGUCGGCCGGCAGCCAGCAACCCCACGGMCGGUUUGCUUCCGCCUUUUCGCUGCCCCGGAAGAUCUGGGGCGGCCAGCAGGCAUCCCACUAGCCCUUUCGCACGACCAAGCCACCAAGCCAAUCGUUAACUAACUACGCAACCACCACCAAGCGCUGUAGAAUACUUGUAGAUGCACCAUUCAUUGUAAAAAUAAAAYCACGGAUUUGAG